AUGCCCCUGGAAUUGAGAUCGGGCGAGGCAGGGAAAGUAGAAUCUGAUCGGCCGCCACACGACACCGUCCGGCCAAAAGAGAUGGGAUCAAUCUCCAUUAAAACCCUGUCAGGCUUGAUCCAGGGUUGCAUUACACUGUCUCCUCCUACUCCUAACCCUCAUUUCUCUUUCUCUCUCUCUUUCUCUCUCUCUUUUUCUCUUUCUACCUCCCUCUCUUUCUUUCUCUUUCUACCUCCCUCUCUUUCCUUCUCUCUGUUUUCGUUCUCUUUUUCCUUCUCUCUGUUUUCGUUCUCUUUUUCCUUCUCUCUGUUUUCGUUCUCUUUUUCUUUCUCUCUGUUUUCGUUCUCUUUUUCCUUCUCUCUGUUUUCGUUCUCUUUUUCCUUCUCUCUGUUUUCGUUCUCUUUUUCCUUCUCUCUGUUUUCGUUCUCUUUUUCCUUCUCUCUGUUUUCGUUCUCUUUUUCCUUCUCUCUGUUUUCGUUCUCUUUUUCUCUCUCUGUUUUCGUUCUCUUUUUUCUCUCUUUUUCGUUCUCUUUUCUCUCUCUUUUCUCUCUCUUUUUCUCUCUCUGUUUUUCUCUUUUUCUCUCUGUUUUCGUUCUCUUUUUCUCUCUCUGUUUUCGUUCUCUUUUUCUCUCUCUGUUUUCGUUCUCUUUUUCUCUCUCUGUUUUCGUUCUCUUUUUCUCUCUCUGUUUUCGUUCUCUUUUUCUCUCUCUGUUUUCGUUCUCUUUUUCUCUCUCUGUUUUCGUUCUCUUUUUCUCUCUCUUUUUCCUUCUUUUUCUGUCUUUCCUUCUCACUCUUUAUCAUUUCCUUUUCACUCUUUCUCACUUCCACUUCCCUCUUUCUCCUUCUCUCUUUUCCUCCUCACUCUUCCUCCAUUCUCCCCUCUUCUCUUUCUCUCCUUUUUCUCUGCUCUCACUCCUCUUCUGUUUCUCUCUUUCUAUCACUCUUCUAUCAUGUGCCCCUUUCUUUCCAUAUAUCUCAACUUUCCUUCUCCUUCUCACUUUUCCUCUCUCCCCUUCUCAUUCUCCCACAUUAUCCCCUUAUCUUCACUCCCUCUCUUUUUACUUCUCCUCUUCUUUUUUCCUUUCUCAUUUUCCUCCUCUUCUUUCUCUCCUUCUAUCUCACCCUCAUUCUACUUCUUUCUCCUCCUAUUUUCUAUUUUCUUCUAUCCUAUUUUCUUCUCCCCUUCUUUUUCUCUUUCUCUCUUAA